AUGCACUACUCCAUCGUCAACACCCUCCUGUUUUUGGCUGUCUCGCCUCUAGGUGUCCUCGCGCGCCCCGUGGACCCCAACGACGUGGCCGGUCAGUGGGACCCGAGUGGACAGUACCGAAAGGGACAAUGGCAGAAUGGCGUGUUCAUUGCCAACAACGGCGAUAAUCGCUACAAUCAGAACGGCCAAGUUCAACAGAGUGGCCAGUGGCGCGACAACAACAACCAGAACGGCCAAUACAAUCAGAACGGUCAACAAAACAACCAAAAUGGCUGGACUGAUUCUAACGGUCAGUGGCAUGCGAACGACCAGAACGUUCAGAACGGCCAGCAUGGUCAAAAUGGACAGGACGGUUGGACCGACGCGAACGGGCAGUGGCACGCCAAUGACGGCACUGUUCAGCCCCGUGAUGGGGGAAAUGACAACCAGAAGAACCAGAAUGGCUGGACUGAUGCCAACGGACAAUGGCACCCCGAUAACCAAAAUGAUCAGAAUGGUUGGACCGAUGCCAAUGGCCAGUGGCACGCGAACAACCAGAACAACCAGAACGGCCAGAAUGGCUGGACUGAUGAGAAUGGUCAAUGGCACGCCAACAACCAAAAUGAUCAGAAUGGCUGGACUGACGAGAAUGGUCAAUGGCACGCCAACAACCAAAACAACCAGAAUGGCUGGACCGAUGCCAACGGUCAGUGGCACGCAAACCAGAAGCACCAGGAGGCCUACCGCCAGGCAACCCCCACCGCCAACGAGAAUGACCGUCUGAACGAGGCUGUCCAUGAUAACAACGUCAACACCCCCCACCGCCGUAGCUGGAGCGACGCCAACAAUGAACAGAACAACAACAACAACAGCAACGAUAACUACAACCCUCAGGUUACUCCCAGCUCUCAGAACAAUAACUAUCAGAGCUAUGGUAACUACAAGAACUACGGCUCUUACCAGAACUACCCCGCCAACGGACAGAACCAGGCUCAGAAUAAAGAUACCAAGGCUGUUACUGGUCAGCAGGAGUAA